GGAACUGUGACUACAGGAGACUCUUCGGUUCUGUGAAGACCAGCUUCUUCAAAGUCAUCCCAGGACCGAGUGCACAGACCGGACUGCUCUCCGCUUGCAAGCUGCUGGUGUUGCUGGAGUCACCAUAACUUAUCUCACUCCAGGAACAGCGUUACGGAUACGACUGCGACACAGACAACUACAACAAAGACAUUCUCCGUCACUCCAGAAACUAACCAGCGCUACGGAUACAACUGCAACACAGACAACUACAACAAAGACAGUCUCCAUCAGUCUUCCCUGCAGGGUUGUUUCCCGGCCAUGGGGGACCCGCUGGCCUUCACGGAGCAGAACACAGAGCGCAUCCUGGCAGUGCAGGCUCUUUUCGGCACUUUGGGGAAGCCCUUGGCCAAGCCGGGCCGCGUGCUGGUCGGAGAGGGGCACCUGCUGAAGCUGUGUCAUCACAGCCCACAGCCAAAGGCCUUCUUCCUCUUCAACGACGUGCUGGUGUACGGCAGUGUGGUCAUCCUGGGCCGCUGGUACACCAAGCAGCAGGUGCUCCCGCUGGAGGCCGUGUCCCUGGAGGACACGGAGGACGGGCUGCUCAUGAAGAACCAGUGGAUCAUCCGCACGCCCCGCAAGUCCUUCUACGUGUCGGCGGCCUCGCCCGAGGAGAAGCAGGCCUGGAUGGAGCACAUCAGGGAGUGCCGCGCCGAGAGGCUGCGCCUCACGGGCGGCCCGGCGGAGACCCGCUUCGCCGCCGUCUGGGUGCCCGACCGCGCCUCGGCCAUCUGCAUGCGCUGCUGCACGCGCUUCAGCCUGGCGCAGCGCCGCCAUCACUGCAGGCACUGCGGAUUCGUGGUGUGCAGCGCCUGCUCCAGGACCCGCGCCCUCAUCCCCGACAUCUCACCCAAGCCUGUGCGCGUCUGCCGGCCGUGCCACGGGAGCCUGCAGGCCCCGGCGCCCCGCUCAGCCAAACCGGCACAGUGCCCGACCCAAACCAUCUUUUGUUUCCUAAGAUUAAUGAUUUAUUGCCUUGUGAAAAGAUAGAAAUGCAGGUGUCCAAUUUUUUCUUGCCCUUGUUUCUGUGAACUUAACGGUACAAUAGGUAAUUUCGGACUCCAAAUGGACAAGAGAGGAAUUGCAGCAGCAAACACCCCCAAACCACUACAUGCACUGUUUUGGAAGAGCCUGCCGUCGUGAGAAAAUGUUUGCUGAACAGGUGACUUUAUGAAAUGUUAACUUUAGUGUGCUGCACUACACUAUUUAUAUGUUUUGUUUUUUUGAGGUUUUCACUUUAGCUAGCCAACUAUGUUAUGAGCAAGCAACAUAUUUGGCUAUAGAACUAGCUAGCUAUAUAACUAAGAUAUGAUGGUGUACCACAAACGAUGCAACUACAACUUACAGUUUGAGACAAAUAAAGGUUUAGCUAAACACGCAUGAUUCAACAUGUAAAAGCAACGUGUAGAUGCCCAAAUUGCACUCCAGACAAGCGAUCACUGAAACUCUGUAUACUAUUGCUUAUUAUCCAAGAAGAAUACAUAUCUAGUAAUAAAACGCUACCAGUUCGUUACUGGUAGUAACAAGUAAAUUAGCUAUUAGUUAAUUUGCCAAAUUUACAAAUAUCCACCUCAGACACAACAUGUGUGCAACAAUGCUCGCAAGGCUCGCUUCUAUGUUCGUAUGUGGAUAUUUGUGCAUUUGUUGAGCUAACUGUGGCUAAUUUGCUUGUUGCUACCGAUAGCGAACUGGCAUUGUUUUAUAACUAGAUAUGUAGUCUUCGCUUGAAUAAUAAGCAAUAGUAUAGAGUCUCAGUGAUAGCCUGUCUGGAGUGCAAUUUUGGCAGCUACAUGCGAAGAAUCAGAAUAAGCCCCCACGUCAUUGGCUGUGGCAAUUUUUCAAACCAUUUUUCAACCAAUGAACCAAUGAAUUAUUGUACAGCUGUGCAAUGUUAGUGACGGCCUGUUAACUGUAUGUUUUGAAAUCAGAAUUUAAGGACUAUAAACACAAGCAGAGGGUGAGUCAACAUGUUAGUGAGCCUUUUUAAAUGAUAGGACAGGAUUUACAACGGUCUUGUACCAAUGUUUUAACACAAAAAUCUUACCUAUUGUCCCUUUAAAAAUAAAAUUGUAAAUGCUUAUAUAAAAUUGAUAGUACAUGUCAAAUUUCAGUUUCUACUAUUGUACAUAUUCAACACAAAAACUACAUUUAAAGUGAAAGAUAAUGUCAUAAUGUUUGGUAAAAAUCCUUUUUACACAUGUAAAUAGGUUUAAGCGCUGGU